AUGGAGACGAGCGGAGGUGGGGCCAGGGUAGCCAUGGCGGCUUGGUCCAUCUUAUCUGCCGCCGCUGUGCAUGUAUUCCUCCUGUUGGUUCUCCCUCGAGUCUCACAUGCCCAGACCUUCUCCUUUCCAUUCCUGCAGCCGGAGUCGUGCGGCCACAGCCACUACUUUGAUAUCUCCACGCUGUCCUGUGUGCCGUGUGGAGCCAACCAGAGGCAGGAUGCCCGAGGAACUUCAUGUGUGUGUUUACCAGGAUUUCAGAUGAUCUCUAAUAAUGGAGGACCUGAUAUUAUUUGUAAAAAGUGCCCGGAAAACAUGAAAGGUGUUACUGAAGACGGCUGGAAUUGCAUAUCUUGCCCUGGUGGUUUAACUGCAGAAGGAAAAUGCCACUGUCCUGCUGGCCAUAUUUUAGUGGAAAGAGAUGUUAACGGAACAUUGUUGUCUCAAGCAACUUGUAAGUUCUGCGAUGAAAAUGAAAACUCAUUUACAGUAGCAAAUGCUUUAGGAAACAGAUGUGUCCGAUGUGAGCCAACAUUCAUCAAUACCAGCAGGUCCUGUGUGUGUUCAGAGCCGAACAUUUUAACAGGGGGACUGUGUUUCAGCAGCACAGUGAAUUUUCCUUCACGUGUCAUUUCAUCGGUCCGUUAUGGAGAACUUGGCAUGUCUUUCACUUCAGAAUGGUUUGCACAGUAUUUGCAGUCAUCAGCAGCUGCUUGUUGGGUGUAUGCCAACCUAACAUCUUGCCAAGCUCUCGGAAAUAUGUGUGUGAUGAACAUGAAUUCUUACGACUCUCUCACUUUUGAUGCAUGCCGACUGUUUCAGUUCAUUUUUGGAAAUACUGCUGGACUGCGCACCGUUCAUUCUAUUUCAUUUUGGAGACAGAAUCUUCCAUGGCUGUUCUAUGGAGACCAGCUAGGACUAGCACCUCAAGUACUCAGUACCACACCUCUUCCUACAAAUUUCAGUUUUAAAGGGGAAGCCCAGAAUAGAAAACUGAAAUUUAUUGCUGCUUCCUAUAAUGUAAGAGGAAAUUUUCUCAAGUGGCAGACUUUAGAAGGAGGUGUUUUACAGCUUUGUCCAGACACAGAGAUAAGACUGAAUGCUGCUUAUUCUUUUGGAACAACCUAUCAACAAAAUUGUGAGAUUCCUAUCUCUAAGAUCAUAACCGACUUUCCCUCUCCUAUAUUUUAUGAUGUGUAUCUUGAAUAUACUGAUGAAAAUCAACACCAAUAUGUUUGGGCUGUGCCUGUGUUAAACCUAAAUCUUCAAUACAAUAAAAUAUUUGUAAACCAAGACAGUAGCUCUGGCAAGUGGCUUCUGACCCGGCGCAUUUUCUUAGUGGAUGCAAUAAGUGGACGAGAAAAUGGCUUAGGAAGUCAGCCAAGAUUAAUUAGAAUUGCUACCCAAAUAUCACUGAGCAUCUAUCUUGUACCCAAUACAAAAAAUGGAAACAUUUACCCUCCCUUAAUUACCAUUGCCUACAGUGACAUUGAUAUCAAAGAUCCCAACAGCCAGUCUGUGAAGAUUUCUUUCUCAGUCAAAUAUGAAAUGAAUCAAGGAGAAGCACAAGUUCAGACAGAUAUUGCUUUAGGUGUUUUGGGUGGGCUGGCUGUGUUAUCAUCUCUUUUGAAGACAGCAGGCUGGAAGAGGCGCAUUGGGAGUCCCAUGAUUGAUUUACAGACAGUUAUGAAAUUCUUGGUGUACUAUGCUGGUGAUCUGGCCAAUGUUUUCUUUAUCAUCACUGUGGGAACAGGUCUUUAUUGGCUUAUUUUCUUCAAAGCACAGAAAUCUAUCUCUGUUUUGCUCCCAGUGCCAGCCCAGGAAGAGCGUCUGGUUACUUAUGUGGGGUGUGCUUUUGCUCUGAAGGCUCUGCAAUUUUUGCAUAAGCUUAUGUCCCAGAUUACUAUAGAUAUAUUCUUUAUUGAUUGGGAGCGACCUAAAGGAAAGGUCCUGAAAGCUGUUGAAGGUGAGGGCGGUGUUCGCAGUGCCACAGUUCCUGUGAGCAUAUGGAGAACCUAUUUUGUAGCCAAUGAAUGGAAUGAAAUUCAAACUGUGAGAAAAAUUAAUCCGCUCUUCCAAAUACUUACUGUCCUCUUUUUUUUGGAGGUUGUAGGAUUCAAGAACUUGGCAUUAAUGGACGCAUCCUCCGAUCUUUCCAGAAGCCCACCUAGCUACAUAGCUCCGUACAGCCGCAUUUUAAGAUACGCAGUGUCUACUGCUCUUUGGCUAGUCAUUGGAAUUUUACAGAUCAUGUUCUUUGCUGUCUUUUAUGAGAGAUUUAUAGAAGAUAAAAUUCGACAAUUUGUGGAUUUAUGCUGUAUGAGCAAUAUAUCUGUGUUUCUGUUAUCACACAAAUGUUUUGGAUAUUACAUUCAUGGUAGAUCAGUACAUGGGCAUGCAGAUACUAAUAUGGAAGAAAUGAAUAUGAAUCUUAAAAGAGAAGCGGAAAACUUGUGUAGCCAGAGAGGUUUGGUACCGAACACAGACGGUCAGACUUUCCAGAUUGCAAUUUCCAGCCAGAUGAGACAACACUAUGACAGAAUUCAUGAGACACUGACAAGGAAAAAUGGCCCUGCCAGACUAUUGAGUUCAUCAGCAAGUACGUUUGAGCAGAGUAUAAAAGCAUAUCAUACUAUGAAUAAAUUUCUUGGCUCUUUCAUCGAUCAUGUUCAUAAGGAAAUGGACUACUUUAUAAAAGAUAAAUUGCUCCUUGAAAGAAUUCUUGGAAUGGAAUUCAUGGAACCAAUGGAAAAAAGCAUCUUUUACAAUGAUGAAGGAUAUUCUUUCAGCAGUGUCCUGUAUUACGGAAAUGAAGCCACUCUUCUUAUUUUUGAUGUGCUGUUCUUCUGUGUUGUGGACUUGGCUUGCCAAAAUUUUGUACUAGCAGCCAUUCUUACAUACCUACAACAAGAGAUUUUUAGAUUUGUACGUAAUACAGUAGGACAGAAGAAUUUGGCAUCCAAAACAUUGGUGGAUCAAAGAUUUCUAAUUUAACUUUUUAAAAGACAAUAUAGUUGUGGCAAAAACAGUCGUCAUCAGGUAGUUUGUCAAAGUUUUUAAAACUUCUAAUACAAAGUAUUCUAUUUUUAUUUGUUUUCUAAUCUAAAGAAAGAUAUUAUUUUUAUAACUUGUAGAUACAUAACUUCUUUGUGAAUAUAUAAUGUUAUAUAACGAAAAUGUUGUUUUCCCAUUUGUGGUGAUAUUUAAUGCACCAACUCAUAAGUUAGAUAAACUGAUAGCAGAGCAAAAGAAAUCUAAAUGUUGUAGGGGAGCCUGGGUGGCUCAGUCAGUUAAGUGCCUACUUCGGCGGCUCAGGUCAUGAUCCUGCGGUUCGUGAG